AUGAUGAAGAAGUAUUCGUGGGGGCUCCGAAAGACUAUGGAGUUUCUCAGCUCCCGACGUCCAGAUUUGGAUCUGAAACCGGCCUUUCUACAGCAGCUCUUGGGCUUUGAGCGGCGCCUCAUGGCGCAAUCAAAGCAGUCUUUCAGUUCAGACUGGAAUGACAACUGCAGCAUGAAUCGCUGGGAGUGCGAGGAACUUCUCCUUCGCAACACCUACAUCAACAGUCAAAUGGGCCCCCUGGCAGAGAUCCAGUUGGAGGCCCCUGGUAGCAUGAAGGCUCAACGCCUUGAAUGGAUGGAUGGUGGUCUCGAUGACAGGUUUCGGCUGGAGAAGCCACCAGGAGCUGAUCGGCUGAAUUUACAGGCCUGCAAGCGUGACCAGCAGGGUAGCCGAGACGCUGCCGCAGGUUCAACUUUUGUCAAGAGGGUUCAUCCAGUACCGUGA